AAUCAAAUUCACAAAAAGUGCGGAUUUGUUUGGCUGCGGAUGUUUGUUUGUGCGGAUAUUUCCGAUAAAAUAGUGCUUAAAUUGGCAGUCAGAAUAUCCUUCCCGGUUCGGUGCGACUUACGAAAGUGUUCUCCUUAGUGCAGGUAAUUGAUUCAGCUUGGUGGGAAACUAGCUUCCAGCCAAACGCUCCGGCCAGUCGAAAAACACGUGCCGAGGUUAUGGUACAUCUCGGUACUUCUGCGCUGAUGUGAAUGCAUGCUGCUGCUAACCAAAAAGGGAAAAGAAAGCUGUCUGCCGAUUAUCUCCGGAGAAGAAUUUGGCGAGGAAAGCUUGUGGGUUGAACUGGACAGAUUUUCUGGUUUGCAGCAGGGAAGAUUUAGAAGUCGCACUAUCCGCAGUAAUCGAUCUACCUUGGGAUUACGAUGGAAUUUUCCAAUCAAUAAAUUUAUGGUGAAAGCGUAAUAUUAAAUUGUAUCCUCGAGUGGAACGCGUGAUCUAGCACAUUUUAUGUGCACACGCUUCGUGUCGGCCGUAGUCGGUAACCACCUUCGGUGGAGUAGUUUCCCUUCUUUGCUGCGUUUCAACGGCCGCCCCAGUUGGUCGUCAUCAACACCGUUAUUAACAGCCGUAGCUAGUUCGGAGAUUUCCGGCCGCCAUCGACAUUUGCACCGCGGUUUAGACUUCACCAAAUCAACCACAGCAUCCGCGGCCAUGAAGUACGUGCUAGUGACCGGUGGUGUGAUCAGCGGUGUUGGCAAAGGUGUCAUUGCCAGCUCCUUCGGAACGUUGCUGCAUUCCCACGGCAUCAGUGUCACAUCGAUCAAGAUCGAUCCGUACAUCAACAUAGACGCCGGAACCUUUUCGCCGUAUGAGCAUGGGGAAGUUUACGUUUUGGACGACGGUGGAGAGGUUGAUUUAGAUUUGGGCAACUAUGAACGCUUCCUCGAUAUUACUUUGCAUCGGGAUAACAACAUUACUACCGGAAAGAUUUACCGCAUGGUCAUCGAUAAGGAGCGUAUAGGCGAUUAUUUGGGGAAAACUGUGCAAGUGGUUCCGCACAUAACCGAUGCCAUCCAGGAGUGGAUUGAGCGGGUGGCCAAAAUCCCGGUCAAAGAUGACGUUGCUCCGGAGGUGUGCAUCGUCGAGCUGGGUGGCACCAUCGGAGACAUCGAAGGUAUGCCCUUCGUGGAGGCCUUCCGGCAGUUCCAGUUCCGUGUGAAGCGGGAAAACUUUUGCGUAGCUCACGUUUCGCUGGUACCUUCACCACGGGCCACCGGUGAGCCUAAAACAAAACCCACACAAGCUAGCGUACGGGAGCUGCGAGGGCUGGGACUGAGUCCGGAUCUGAUCGUUUGUCGAUCGGAGAAACCGAUCGGUAGUGAAGUGAAGGAUAAGAUUAGUAAUUUUUGCCACGUGGCACCGGAACAAGUAAUAUGCAUCCACGAUUUGUCCUCCAUUUACCACGUGCCGCUGCUGAUGGAGGAAGCCAAUGUUAGUAAAUUUUUGAGCGAAAGGUUGCAGCUGAAUCUGCCGCUUCAAAGUCCGCCCAAGUUCAUGCAGAGCUGGCGAGAUUUAGCCGAACGUGUCGAUAAUGUUUAUAAGAAAGUCAACAUCGCGCUGGUAGGAAAGUAUACAAAGCUGGAAGAUUCAUACGCCUCGGUUUCGAAGUCGUUGCUGCAUGCGGCGCUGGCCGUUGGUUAUAAACUGGAGCUCAAAUUUAUAGAAGCUUGCCAUCUGGAGCGGCAAACUAAACAGGAAACGCCACAUCUUUACUACGAAGCCUGGCAAAGUCUCACCAACAGCCAUGGUGUUAUCGUGCCGGGUGGUUUUGGCUCACGUGGCUUGGAAGGUAAAAUUCGUUCUUGUCAGUGGAGUCGAGAGAACAAAAAACCAUUCCUUGGCAUUUGCCUCGGAUUACAAGCGGCUGUUAUUGAAUUUUCGCGUCAUGUACUGAAUCUAGAGCAUGCAAACUCUACUGAAGUUGACGAGGAAACAGCACAUCCUGUUGUGAUAGAUAUGCCGGAACAUCAUCCUGGCCAAAUGGGUGGAACGAUGCGUUUGGGCAAACGCACGACAAUUUUUAAAAGUGAAAAAAGCAUUAUCAAACAACUGUACGGUAACGUGGAACGCAUUGAGGAACGCCAUCGGCACCGGUACGAGGUGAAUCCGGAAUACGUGGAGAAACUGGAAAGUAAAGGUCUCAAAUUUGUCGGACACGAUUCGGAAAAGACCCGCAUGGAAAUAAUCGAGCUGGAAAACCAUCCCUACUACGUUGCAACCCAGUUCCACCCCGAAUACCUGUCCCGGCCGCUGAAACCGUCGCCACCCUUCCUGGGGCUGAUUCUGGCGGCAGUUGGCAAGCUGGACGCCUACCUACAACAUGGUAACAAACUGUCCAAUUCGGCUCACGUAACCAGCGAGAGCUCCAGCGAUGAUGACACGCUAUUUUCUACCAGUCGGUUGCUGAAGAAAAUGGCCGUUAGCGGUACCCCGGGGUCACCCGGAUCUAAACACAAGAAACUUCAACAAAUAUCGAAAGCUGAAAACGUCGUCAGUGCCAAAUGUAACGGGACGCACACAGAAACCUGCAAUGGGCAAAAAUGUGAGCAGUGAAGAGUUCAGAUUUUCUAAGUUUUCAUUUUUUACUAUUUCUCCCACAAAGCUAGGUUAAGACAAAACUUUAUUUUUACAAAUACAAAACAUGGGAUCGGAUCUCACGUGCUUCCUCAGCAUUCGAAAGUUUAAAGGUAGCCGCACAAUACCGGCCAUUACGCUGCCUCAGUUGUCAACGCUGUCGUUAAGUACCAAAAUGCAAACCCGACGCAUCCAACGAUUUUUGCACUACAAACGGGUCACCGGACGCCGUUUGUAGUGCAAAAAUCGUUAUUUAGACAAAACUAGAAGCGACGUCCGACGCGAUAUUGUGUGGUCGUCUUGAGCUUGGUUUAAUAAAAUUAAAUAAGAAAUCAACCUAAUGUUGUCGAAGUUUGCAAGCUGAAAAAUUUGUGCUCUUAAAAGACAGGAACAUUUUCCGAACAAAUGUAAAUCUUUUCUUUAAAAAAUUUCGUUUACAAGGGCACUUUGAGCCGUUAGCCCACUCGAUAAGUAUGGAUUCAUACAUCAAUCUACAGUUCAUGUGUUAUUUGAUAGCAUAUAGGUUGUCGGUUUCUAUGCUGAAUUUAGGAAACCAUUGAUUAGAUGAUUGUCAAAAAAUAUUUCAUCGCAAAAGUACAAUAAAAAGUUUCUGAUAAUUAAAUUCAA